AUUUCUUCACAGUUCUAGAGGCUAGAAGUCCAAGAUCAAGGUGCCAGAAUUGUUGGUUUCUCCUGAGGCCUCUCUCCUUGGUUUGCAGAUGGUGGCCUUCUUACGGCGUCUUCACAUGGCCUCUUCUCUGUGUACAUGCACUUCUGUGUCUUCUUAUAAAGAUGCCAGGUCCCACCUUCGUGACCUUAUUUAGCCUUAAUUAUCUCUUUAUAAGGCUCUAUCUCCAAACAGUCAUAAGGCUUCAACAUAGAAAUUUUGGGAGUGACAAAACUGAUUCCAUACAGAAGGGGAGUCUAGGAAAGGUAUCAAGGGUGGUUAGUAGAAAAAAGUGAGCAAGGGUAAUAAAUCCAGGGAAAGUAUACCACUUAUGGGGAAACAGACAGAAUGAAAAGAUGGCCACAGAAUUAGGGUAUCCUGGCAACUCAGAGGAGCCAAAAGCACAGCUACGUUCACACUGAGUGGUGACCUUAGAAGACUGAAUUGUGCGUGUACCACUCUGUGCAACGAGGCCUCUUGAACCCACAGCAAAACUGUGCGUGAGUGAGGUAAGCAGUAAUUAGGGAGAGGAAUAGGGACCUCUUGUAUUUCCUGGACACUAGCCACGGUCAGUGUAAAUAAAUAUUUUGGACAUCUGUGUUGUACCUGUCCUGUCUGAGGCCAUCUCUGCAUGGAGAAAUCUGAGAGGACAGGAUUGAAGAGUUAAUACCACAUGUCACUCAGUCCUCUCUGUAGUUCCUCCACCUCUGUCACCUCCAUUCUAUUCUCACAGCUGCCGGCUGGGGCAGGCCUUCGUUGCAUGUGAGUAGGACCAUUACAAGAGCCUCUUUCUUGACUUACCUCCAGUAUGUCUUUGCUUCAGGCCAUCCCUCUUGAAGCCCAACUCUGAUCCUGUCCUUCCUCUGCUUAUAACCUUUGCGUGGUCCCUGACCACCAAACUAAGGCCAGAUCCCUUGGGCUGGUAUUCGAGGCCUUUACAGUCUAACUUGUCAUCCAUGAAAAAAGGACAUCUUGGCUGUCCCCCUGUUGGCUCUCCUUCAGUCACGUUGAGUUUUAGCUCUUCUUUGACCAUACCCAAGAACUUUCCCACUUCCAUGGCUGAGGUCCACACUAUUCCUUGUGGCUAGAAUGUUCUCUUCCUACUUCUGUACCUGUUGAAAUCCUACCUAUCUGUUGUCAAUGUCUAAAUCAAAUCCUACCUAAUUAGUGAAGCUUUCCUUAAUUUGUCCCAUGUUGUAGGUCUCAUGGCAUUUAUACUCUGCUCAUAGUGGUAGCUCUUUUUGUACUAAAACUUUUCCUUCACCCCCAUUUAACUAUAAAGUCCUUGAGGAUGGAGCUGUUGUUUCACUUUAUUCCAUCAACCACUUAACAGUGUUUUGCGUAUAAGUGUGAGGCAAAUAUUUGUGGCAUGGACAAAUGAAAUCACAUUUGGGGUAAUGUGUCUUCUUGAUGUUCAGUAGAAUUUUGAGGGGCCUGUGUGCACGAGCCCAAACAAUCUGCACCCACUUCCAUAUGCUAAUUGGAGAAUCUAAUUGAUUGGCCUCAGACAGGAAUGGAGCUUGGGUUUCCACCCAUAGCGUGAUGGAGGAGGAGAAAUGGCCUCAGCUCUUUGGGUGGUUAGGUUUGCUGGCCCUCAGACUUAAUUCCUUGGACAAAGAGACCAUGGGAGCUGUUAAAGGUUGUUUUCAGCUGCUGGAUUCUGUUUCCUGGCUCAGAGCUAGAACGUGGGGAGGGAGGCAGGGUCACAGCCUUUAGGUUGCCACAAACUUCCAUGCUGUUGGCCGGGCAGGACUGCGGGCAGAGCUGGAUCCUGAGGGCCUCUCCUAACCAGGCUGCCACCUUGGUUUCUCAAGUUAAGUAAAGGUGAGCUCAAGGUAGCUGUUAAUAUUUCACCCAACCUUGACAUUCUUCUCUGACCCAUGAGGGUGUUAUCCCAAGACUGAGGGGAGAGAAGGGAAGCUGGGAGCAGCAAAGGGUGGUUUUGAUCACUAGUUUCUUAAACUCGUGGGGAUUCUAAAAAUGCUUAUGUUCAGGUUUCAAGCCUGUAGGUUUCAAGUCAGUAGAUCUGAGGUGGGGUUUAAGCAUCUGUUUUUAUAAAUCUCUGCAGGUGAUUCUGUGGGCCCGCUGGGAUUGAGAUUAAAUUUGUAAGGUGAUUGUGAGGAUUAAAUGAGAUAAUGUAGCAUGCCUGACAUAUGGUGAGUUUUUAAACGGUAACGUGAUUUAUUAUUACUGGCAUCACCUGAUGGUCUAUAGAUUUACACUGUCAACUAAGUAGAUCUGUUCCCUCAGAGGAAACCAGCUGCUGACUUUGGGUAGACAGCUCCCAGGGCUGAGGAGAUGAAUAAAUAUCCUCUAAUUCUUUCUGACUUCACUUUUCCAGGAGUUGUCUUUUCCUUCCUCAGAAGAAUUUGCUCUUCCCUGGCUUGUGUGUUAGCUGAUCUAUAGCAAUUUCAGGAUUCUUUUACAAAAUAAUACCUGGAAGCUUACAGGAGUUAGACAAAUAACUCUGCUUUAGAGCAGGAAAUAAUUCGGAGAACCCUGUGCUCCAUUUUGUAUUGGGAGAUGCUUUGUGUUCUUGUCAGGUUCCCACUGACCUUGAGACUCUCAAAUAUUUCUCAGGAGAUCAUGGAUUUUUGAUGAGCUAAGUGGCUUUAAGAUCCCUUCACUCCUAGCCCUCCCCUGCACUGGAGGGGUACGGGGUGGGGGCUUAAAAGCAUUCACGCCCAUGGUAUUUUUUAAUGGGACCUUUCCAUUUACAGCACCUAUUGUGGAACAGAGGACUCUCUGACGUGCCGGGUGACAAGGCAGGCAAGCUUCACUACAAGUCCCACUGAUGUGGGAAUCAACUGAAAUGGAGUCUCACUCUUUCUCCAGCUAGCCCUGCUGAGGAAGGUCCUGUAGGUUCCAGCCCCAAACACACAAACUGAAGGGAAAAUGAGGCUUCCUCUUAGCCUGGGCCAAUUAAGCUGAACCCUUCUGGCUGUUUGAGUCUCACUUUUGUGGUUGUGUUCCUCUCAGGAGCAGCUCCUGCCCGGACUCCUGGCUCUGUGCGGCGCCGCUGGGGAGGGUGGGUGUUGACUCGGAUAGUGUGUGGGUCCAUGUCGAUGGCUGCCUGGAGCCGGGAGACCUUGGCUACCUUGGCCUUGGGAGAGUCCCCUGGGUCCCACCAGCUAUUUUUCUCCUGUGGAAAAUAGCCCAGUGGCUUCAGUUCUUUCUUUGGUCACAUUCACAGGUCCUACCUACCCUCCUCUGUUGUCAUUAGCUAGAGUUCCUAACUUCUAAAAUGUACCUACUUUUUCUUCUCGACCUUGGAUAUAUUAUUGCCUUUCCUGGUAGCAAUAAUCGAAUCCUUUUAGAAGAAGGUGGGGUCUAAAGGUAUGAUUAAUAAUAAAGUUUGAUUAAAAAAAUCUCUUUGCCUCUCACCACUGAGUCUUUCCUGCCCACCAGCACUUUGUUCUUCUUCCCACAGACAAGCAACUUUGUUGCCAAAAAUUGACUUUUUCCCCCAGAGCUCAGAAAUGGUUAGAGCUUUCUUCCAUUUCCAGUAUUUUAUUUUGGCUGUUUGAACUGUGGAGUAAGGCCUGCUGAGGGUUUGAUGGACUCCAGCCUGAAUCAGAUGAUCGCUGAUACGAUAUUACGGAAAUCCAUAGGCCUUCACUGAUUGCAUAUCUCUCCACCAUAGGGUUCUGAUCUCUGGAUUCUCAAGAAGCAGAAGUUGGGGGUGGGGGCUGAAGAAACAGCAAACAGUAUCCUUUUUUUUUUUUUUUAAACUAUUACCUUACUUAUUUUUAAUUUUUAAAAAUUGAGGUAUAUUUGAUUUAUACUAUUAUAUUAGUUUCAGGUGUACAACAGUGAUUCAAGAUUUUUAUAGACUGUACUCCAUUUAAAGUUAUUAUAAAAUAAUGGCUAUAUUCCCUGUGCUGUACAAUAUAUCCUUGUAGCUUAUUUAUUUUAUACAUAGUAGUUUGUACCUCUUAAUCCCCUACCCCUAUCUUGCCCCUCCCUCCUUCCCUCUCACCACUGGUAACUACUAGUUUGUAUCUGUGAGUCUGUUUUAAACAAACAAACAAUUCAUUUGUUUGUUUUACUUUUUAGACUCCACAUAUAAGUGAAAACAUACAGUGUUUGUCUUUCUCUGUCUGACUUAUUUCACUAAGCACAGUACCCUCCAAGUCCAUCCAUGUUGUUGCAAAUGGCUAAAUUUCAUUCUUUUUUAUGGCCGAGUAGUGUUCCAUUGUGUGUGUGUGUGUGUGUGUGUGUGUGUGUGUAUCACGUCUUCUUUAUCCAUUCUUCUGUUGAUGGACACUUGUGUUGCUUCCAUAUCUUGGCUAUUGUAAGUAAUGCUGCUAUGAACAUUGGGGUGUGUAUCUUUUCAAAUUAGUGUUUUCAUUUUCUUUGGAUAUAUACCUAGGAGUGGAAUUGCUGGAUCAUAUGGUAGUUCUAUUUUUAAUUUUUUGAGGAACCUCCAUACUGUUUUCCUUAGUGGCUGCACCCACUUACAUUCCCGCUAACAAGUGUACGAGGGUUCCCUUUUCUUCACAUCCUCAUCAACAUUUGUUAAUUGUGGUCUUUUUGAUGAUAGCCAUUCUGACAGGUGUGAGGUGAAUGAUAUCUCACUGUGGUUUUGAUUUGCAAGAAAAGGAGGAAGAAACAGGAAACAGUAUCCUUAAAUACAGAGAUCCUUCCUAGUUAGGCCCUGUGUUCCAGAGUUCCAGGCAUCCUUAUCAUGGAGCAGUGACAGAGUCUUGCUAAAGUGACUGAUGCCAGCCCUGAUUUAGGGGCCAGUGUAAACCAGGCUGUGGACUAGACAAACCCAGGACUGGAGCUGUACCAGAGCCCAGCCCUCGUGAUUCCUAGUUGAACUGUCUCUCUACAAGAUGGCACAGGAAACAAACAGUUUCAGGGCCCUAUGUAAGGCCAAGCUUUGGGGGUUUUGAUCAGCUUUCUCUAUCGGUACAGUUGAAGGUGUUAAAUAUUUCAUCAGUUUGGUGUGGGGGGCAGCAUUAAUCCUUUAGUGGCUGAAUUGUGGCAAGAGCAGACAGGGUGGAAGGAUGUAAUCUGGGCCUGGGGACAGCAGCUGUUUCCCACCCAGAGUGGUAGCAUUUCUAUCAGUAUUUUUAUCGGUGUGAACUGGCUCUAAUUCUCUGUGCUUCAACCAUAGAUGUGAAAAGAAACUCUGAUCUCGAACACCUGAGGCUUCAAAGACAUAAGUGCAGAUCUGAGUGAUUACUGUCUGGCUGUUUGAAACUUUAAAGAAAGAAAGAAACACACAAACAACUUGAGAUUUUGCCCAGAAACAGGGAUUUGUGUUUCCUUGUAUAUCAGACUUUCAGGUCUCUAUUGAGAUACAGGAAAACUUUGUCUCUUCUCUCCCCAAACACUGGACCGCCCUACGAGCAAGGAGGAUUCAUCUUCCAUCCUUGAGAAAAAGAAAAUGGCCUCCACCUUCAACCCCCGAGAAUGCAAGCUGUCUAAACAGGAAGGGCAAAGCUAUGGCUUCUCCCUGCGAAUUGAGAAGGACACUGAUGGCCACCUGGUCCGGGUGGUUGAGAAGGGUAGCCCAGCAGAGAAGGCAGGUCUCCAGGAUGGAGACAGAGUUCUUAGGAUCAAUGGUGUCUUUGUGGACAAGAAAGAGCAUACGCAGGUUGUGGAUCUGGUCAGAAAAAGUGGGAAUUCGGUGAUUUUACUGGUCCUGGAUGGGGAUUCUUAUGAGAAAGCUAUGAAAAAACAAGUAGAUUUGAAAGAGUUGGGUCGAAGUCAGGAGUCGAGUUUGAAUGAUAAGAAGCUGCCCUCUGUAAUGAAUGGAGGAGCACAGACUUGGACACAGCCACGGCUCUGCUACCUGGUGAAGGAGGGGAGUAGCUACGGCUUCUCUCUGAAAACUGUCCAAGGUAAAAAGGGAGUGUGCAUGAUUGAUAUAAAACCUCAAGGUGUGGCUAUGAAAGCCGGAGUCCUGGCAGAGGAUCACUUGAUUGAAGUGAAUGGAGAGAAUGUAGAGGAGGCCACCCAUGAGGAGGUGGUUGAAAAGGUGAAGAAGUCCGGAAGCCGCGUCAUGUUUCUGCUGGUGGACAAGGAAACUGACAAGCACCAUAGUGAGCAGAAGAUAAAAUUCAAGAGAGAAACAGCCAGUUUGAAACUGCUACCCCACCAUCCCCGGGUUGUGGAGAUGAAGAAGGGAAGCAAUGGCUAUGGCUUCUAUCUGAGGGCAGGCCCAGAACAGAAAGGUCAAAUCGUUAAGGACAUAGAUUCCGGAAGUCCGGCAGAGAAGGCUGGCUUGAAGAACAAUGACCUGGUGGUUGCUGUCAACGGCGAGUCUGUGGAGUCCCUCGAUCAUGACAGUGUGGUGGAAAUGAUUAAAAAGGGUGGAGACCAGACUUCACUGUUGGUGGUGGACAAAGAGACGGAAAACAUAUAUAAACUGGCUGGCUUUUCUCCAUUACUCUACUAUCAAAAUCAAGAACUGCCUAAUGGGUCUGUCAAGGAGGCUCCAGUUCCUACUCCUGCCCCUCUGGAGGUCUCAAGCCCAGAUACUACAGAGGAAGUAGCAGAUCAUAAGCCUAAACUCUGCAGGCUGGUCAAGGGUGAAGAUGGCUAUGGCUUUCACUUAAAUGCGAUUCGGGGUCAGCCAGGCUCAUUCGUCAAAGAGGUACAGAAGGGUGGCCCUGCUGACCUGGCUGGGCUAGAGGAUGAGGAUGUCAUCAUUGAAGUGAAUGGAGUGAACGUACUGGAUGAGCCCUAUGAGAAGGUGGUGGACAGAAUCCAGAGCAGUGGCAAGAAUGUCAUACUCUUAGUCUGUGGAAAGAAGGCCUAUGAUUAUUUCCAGGCUAAGAAAAUCCCUAUCAUUUCCUCCAUGGCUAAUCCACUGGAUGACACCCGUGAUCCUGAAGAAGGAACGCUGGAGGAAGCAGAGCAAGACUCGCACACGGCAAAAGAACGAGCCCACAGUACAGCCUCUCAUUCUUCUUCCAAUUCUGAAGAUACAGAGAUGUGAUGAGAACAAGCAAUAGCUUUGGCUGAUAGCUGUUUCUGGGUAUUUAAUAGGAAUCCUUUCCUAAGGAAUGAGCUACCACCGGUUUACUGUCUCUGUUAGAGAAGAACUCCUCUGGAAACCAGUUUGUCAAUGUGUGAUUGUCUUCUGUUGUCAUCUGUUUUAGGGGCGGCUACUGCAGAUAGCUUAUUUAUGGUCAACUUAGGAAAAGUUAAGGCAGGAGCCAGAUGCUUUUCAUUUGAUUUCUUUCAAGCUUCAACUUAACUACAUUUCUCUGUAUGCUGUUAUCUCUUCUGUAGGUUCCUAGAGCACCAAAGAUGAUUUAUAAAUUUGUAUGUGUGAGAACUGCUAACUAAAGUACCUGAGUAGAUAAGCCUAUUAAAAUUAUCCUUUGUAAGAAUGUUGUUGUUGCUAAAAUAAAUGCCAUUAAAAAUGC